AUGUCUUCUAUCAUCUCCUGGACCAAGGCUGCCUGCCUUGCGCUUCUUGCUACUGAAGCUCUUGCUGGCCCGAUCGAGAAUGUCGAAGUCUUGGAGAAGCGUGCAGUCUGUACAGCAUACACACUCAUCGAGACUCGCGGAACUGGAGAGCCUCAGGGCCCGUCCAACAGUUUCAAAACCAUGGAUGCUGCUAUCAUUGCCCAAGUCGCAGGCGGUAGCGAGUACAACACCGUCUAUCCCGCCAGUAUUGAUCAGAACUCUGCUUCGGGUACCACCGACAUCGUCAACCAGAUCAACGCUGGCUUGAAAGCCAACCCAAACAGAUGCUACAUUCUUGAGGGCUAUUCGCAAGGUGCUGCCGCUACUGUUGAUGCUAUGCCAAAGCUCACUGGUGCUGCGUUUAAUGCUGUCAAGGGUGUCUUCCUCAUCGGUAACCCUCACCACAAGGCUGGUCUGGCUUGCAAUGUCGACUCAAAGGGUGGAUCUACCACUAGAGACGUCAACGGCUUGACUGUCUUCGUUGGUAGCAUUCCUACCAACUGGGUCAGCAAGACUCUGGAUGUUUGUGCUUAUGGAGAUGGUGUCUGUGACACUGCUCAUGGCUUCGGCAUCACUGCUGCGCAUCUGUCUUACAAGUCCGAUGCAAAUGUGCAAAACCAAGGCGUCAAGUUCGUGGUUGGAAAGCUUCGCGGCACUAGCUAG